AUGUUCAAAGUUUUUACGUUAGUACUGGCUUGCCUGAUAUCAGCAGCCUCAGCUGGUAAUUUCUGGCAAGAUAUAACUUGUACUUAUGGAAGAUGUGAGAUUUCUCCCCGAGGGAGCCUCCUGACACUAUCCCUGGAUAGGACCUCUGGUUCGGGUUUUAAAUCCAAGAACCAAUAUAUGUUUGGUCGAUUCGACAUGCAAAUGAAGCUUGUGCCAGGGAAUUCAGCCGGCACAGUUACCACAUUCUAUUUAUCUUCUGUGGGACAGUAUCAUAAUGAGAUUGAUAUGGAGUUCCUUGGUAAUGCAUCUGGUCAGCCUUAUACACUUCACACCAAUGUCUAUUGCCAGGGAAAAGGGAACAGAGAACAACAGUUCAAGCUCUGGUUUGAUCCUACUAAAGCCUUCCACACUUAUUCCAUUGUUUGGAACCCACAAAGGAUCAUAUUCUUGGUUGAUAACAGCCCCAUCAGAGUAUACAACAACAAUCAGAGAAGGGGUAUUCCAUUCCCAAGUGAUCAGCCAAUGAGUGUAUAUGCCAGUUUAUGGGAGGCAGAGGAAUGGGCAACAGAAGGUGGAAGAAUCAAGACUGACUGGACAAGAGCACCAUUUUAUGCAUCCUACAGAUACUUCAAUGCUAAUGCUUGUGUCUGGUCAUCUUCAUCGUUCCGCUCGUCCUGUAAUUCGGCCUAUUCACAGCAGGCAUGGCAGACUCAAGGGCUUGAUGCUAAGGCUAGAAACCGCCUCCAAUGGCUGCGGUCCAGGUUCAUGAUCUAUGACUACUGCAAAGACAACCAGAGGUUUCCACAAGGCAUUCCUCAAGACUGUUGGCAUUGA